UCCUGGCUGAGGAGGUAGCUCCAGUAGAGCUAUUUUCUCUAAGCCUUCUCACAUUGCUCUGCUCCAUUGGUUCCCUUCCACUCUGGGACAGAAUUCUGACUAGACUAGAGAUAGCAUACCUUUGGCAAGCAGGAUUUUUUCACCUCAUUGAGGUGAGGUCCAACCACUCCAUUGAACCUUUGCCCACUGCCUGAGGACUCCCAGGACAUCCGGACUGGGGGAAGCCCCUGCCAGGGCCUGAGCUGGACUUCUGAACCUUUCAGAAACUCAGAAAGGAGGCCAGAGGGAAAGGAGAAGAGGGGCCUGGCAUGAUGGAGGCCUGUGGGGCCCCAGCAGUGUUGCGAGUGAGGAGGAAGCGAGGAGAGGAGCCCCCUGAGGCACUCUUUGUCCCCUGUAAAAGGCAGAGGAGGGAGGAUGGAGGCGAGGACUGGGGGUCCCCCCCUUCCCUGCCCCUGGGGGAGAACGUCUUCUUCAAGCUGGCGGCUACAGUGUCCUCCCAGCAUGAACCUGUUCCAAAGUAUGUCAGGGAAGCUCUUCACAGACAGAGAGCCACCAGAGCCCUGAAGCCCUCAUGUCAGAGUCAUCAGAGAAUCCAGCAGCAUCUCCUAGCUAGGAAGCAGGGCACCAGGCAGCAAGAGCGCUACCACCUGCUCUCCACACACCGAGCCCCUCCUGCACAGGCACAGGCACAGGCACAGGCACAGGCACAGGCACCCCAGCCUCCUCUAGACCCUGCCCACACCACUCAGGGGCACCAGCUAGACUCUGGUCUUACCACGCCAAAGUCACAAAGACAGCAAGGAGCCACACUUCCCCAGGCACCCUCUGCACAAGGCUUCCACUCAUUUGACAGCGUUCCUCAGGCCGCCUCUGAACAGGAGAAGCCCUCCGCGCCUGACACCUGCUCUCACGACUCUGACCCAGAUGUCAUCCUCUCUCAUGCUGUCAAGCUCAUGCGGGAGCACCUAGCCAUCUCCAAGGAAGCCAAAGGAAGGCAGCAUCGGGAAAGAGAGCAAGAUUAUGUCUAUGACAUUUACUACCUGCACGCACCUCCCCCAGGACCCACUGAGAGCAUCCCCUCUGUGCACAGCUACGGCCACGACUGGGAACUGAUAGCCCCUGACCAGCAAGAACAGGACAUCUAUGCUGAGGACCAGGAGGAAGAGGAGGAUGAAAACAGUGAGAAUCACUGGGGCAACCAGUACCCUGAGGAGCAAGAACCAAGCACGGACACAGACAGCUCCAGGGCCUCUGAUGAACAAUAUGGCAGCCUCAGUGAUGAGGACAGGACUCUCAUCACACCAAGGACAUGCAACAAAUAUGCUGACCAUGUGCUAAAGGAGUUUGACUAUGACUGCUCCCAGGACUUUGAUUCUGACUAAGGACUACACAAACAUUCACCCGGUCCCCAGCAUCAGCCCCCGAGGUGCUCCUCUUUCAAAGCUCCCAACAUGGCCCCCUUCACCUGCUGCCUCCCCUCUGGGACACCUGCACUUCUCCACCAUGCUUCAACAAGCACCUCCGUAGAAGAAUCUCAUUGCCACUCAACAUCCCCUCGGCCCCAUCAUUCCACAUCAUCACUUGCCUCUCAUUCCAGGCUGGAGCCAACUCACCCCACUGAGCUACAAGGGGUCUCAGGAGACAUUUCCUUCAGACGAUCCAUUUCACAGCUUCAGAAAGGAUGAGGCAGGGGCAGCCAAUCACUCCUACACCUAAAAUGGAUUCCUUGCACACUGCCAUCAUUUUCCCUUUCUGGGCUCACAUCACAACUCUCAAGAAAAUAGUGUCUCUUCCACAUUGCUGGGGGAAGAAUGCACACACUGAGUUGCUCCAAGCCCUGCUGGGACUCUCACUAACUAACUCUGUCUUUGCCCUAUCUCUUUGGCCUCCCACCUCUCCCUCCUCCCAAGGAGGACUCUUUAGCUCUAUUGGAGAACAAAAAGAAGGAUGGAGAGACCAGGCAGAGCCAAGAUGGCGGACAGGAAAUAGCAAAACUGGAAACCUCCAUGAGAAAGCACCCCCACAAAUUGGAGAUUCAUGCCAAUUCAUGCCACAAAACCAAUACUGGACUGAGUGCCAGAAGCAACAAGGAGAUGGAGGCGGGAAAGGAAAUGUCUUUGUUUUAACUCCAUCAAGUAGUUAGACAGCUCUACCCUUUGAACUCAAUCAGCCAGAAACUCCUGAAUCCUGGCGAUGAGAGUUUAUCACUACCAAAGGAGGAGAGGUGGAUCCCACAAGCACUGUCCCCUGCUUGGGCAGUGCUGGCCAAAUGGGGAGACUGCACCUGGUUCCUGGGAAGAGGGGGAGAGACAGGAAGUGACCUGCACAAAGGGGAUGGCAGGCCAAGACCAAGGACACCUUCAGGCCCUCUGCCUGGGUGAGCUGAGCUAAAGAGAGAUUCUGGGAGGCAGUCCACUCUUCCUGGAAUCGGCUCUGGAGAGGCUUUCAGGCUGAGGGGCUGGAGCUCUGGGCAGGGUCUGCCCUGGUGGAACUCUGGCUAAAGACACCACUUGCAUGAAGGAAUUCUUUGGCCCCUGAGGGUCAGUAGUUGGUGAAAGGGAACCCCUUUCAUCUCUUUGCCUAGUCAGAGCUAAAGCUUAGCUGAACAAGAACUCCAGUAACCCUACUUAGUACCACACUAGGGAUGAGAAGAGGGGAUGAAGUCUCCUUCUUCUCCCUUUGGAUAGAAUCAACACAAGCUGGAGGAGCUCCCAAACCACUUGGUGAGUUCAUCCCCUACUUAGUGCUAGGGGAGAAGCCAGCAAGAAACUUGGAGAGUUCCCACCCCUGCCCCCCUUUCUUGUAACUCAGAGAGUCAGAGACUUGUGAGUUUCCCCCCUGCCCCCACCUCAGCCAGUGCCUGGCCCUUGCCAUGAAUGAGGACAGCUGCAGGAAGUGGGGACUGGUUCCCCCCAAACCCCGCCCCCUGGGCGGAGCUAGAGGAUUCGGGAAGCCUGAUUGGUCCCCUGGAGGAGGGGCGGGAACUGGAAACCACCAUAAAAGCCUUCAAGUCCCUGGGCUGAGCCAGACUGGUGAGG